ACAAGACAGGCGAACGGCAGCCAGAAACAAUAUUUUCAAAAUGAGAGUUUUGAUUCUGUACGCGAUGCCGGUACUUUUCCUGUUGCAGCUGAGUUUCGGUGAAAGACAAACUAAUUUUGAAUUGGAGAAGUCCGAAAUACCAAAACCGCUGUUGAAAGAUUUGGACGCGGCAAAAAUUAAGCUCAACACCCAUGCCAUAUCAAAGAGAGGAUGGGGAUCCGUAUUCUUUUUAGGAGUUACAACAACUUUACGCUUAGGUGGUCUCGCAGUAAAUGUUGCUGGUGCAGUUACAAAGGGAUGUGCCUUCUUUCCUAGAAUGUGUGUCAACAUAAAGUCCAUGGAAAAUCUGGAGGAAGAAAUCAAAAGAGAAAAAAAGGAGUUUAAAGCUAUGUUCAUAAAACAUAACAAAAACUUUGUUGACUUUCGUGCCGCAUACACCAAUAACGGUUUUAUUAACUAUUAUAUCAAUGAAACAGUAAAAAAGAUUUCAACCAUCCGCGAAAUGCAGGAAGACAUCAAUGCCAAACUUGAAGCUUAUUUCCCCACCUCUGUAGAAUUAACAGAUAUUGCCAAUAAAAGCGACUUCAACACAUAUCUAUCAACAUUAAGUAUGCAACGUCUGGAAUAUUCCUUAAAAGACAUCCAGACUAUGCUACAAAAACAACAACAAAUGCAAAUUAUUGGGAUAGUCGCUCAAUUACUCAUCGAGUCUGCUAUAAAUUCAUUUUCAAGGUCAUUUCAAAAUGCAUAUGAGCAAGUUACAGAAGAUCUGUUUUACGGAAGUCAAAUUCAAGCGACCCUGGGGGAAUUUGAACAAACUUCAAAAUCUGCCGUAAAACAAAAAUUAAAAGCUGUUCCAAAAGUAUUAAAACAGAUGGCCAAGAAUGCUCGUGAUUCGUUCCUUAAAAGAAAAAAUGCAUUUGUAGAAAAAUUAAAGCAAGCAAAAACAAUGACUACACAGAAAUUGAAAUCUCUUAAAAAGGCUUUUACCAAAGAAGCAUGGAAGGAUAUUGGAGGUAAUAUGAAAGAAAACUUCAAGAAUUCAAUGAAAAACAUAAAAUUAAAAGCCAAAAUUGCUCAGGGUAUAUUUAAAGAAAAACUCGAUCAGGUAAAACAAUUUAAAAUUUCAAAGCUUAACAUCGGCUUAUCAGUGGUUGGCGUUAUUGGUGAUGUUGUCGCCAUUGGACUGAACCUUGAUGCCUGGAAAAAGAAAGACGAAGAAAUUGCAGAUGCCAAGACGAAGAUGGAAAACUACCUUGCAGAUUUAAAAGAAAACAAAAAUAAUUUAACGAACGUGAUAGUUCAACUUGGAGAAGAGUGGAAAAAAGUUAUUGGAACUUUUAAAGAAUCGUCAGAAACAUUUGAAUCUGUCAUGAAAAAUUUGUCCAAAUACAAUGACUUCGUAGAUGUGGUAGGUGUACCUCGCCUUGCAAUUAACGAAGCAAGAAACUUACUUUCUGUAAAUUAUCACGGCAUAAACAGGUACAAUAUACUUAGAUUUCAAAGUUCCGUUCUUGCGUUCUUAAAUGCCAAUAAUGAUAAUUUAACAGCUAUCAGCGAAGCUUUACGAGCACGAUCCAUUUUGUACGAUUAUGUUACCGAGAAUACGAACAAAAAUAAGGGAGUUUUGCAAAUGACUGACUUUCUACACUCCUUAUAUCGACUUGAUGCCUCUUCAGAAGUACGCAGUUAUGGUUCCCAGUUAAGAAAGAAGGAUGUCGUCUGCACGGUUGCAAUACUUAGGGCUGAUAAAAACUUCUAUGAUUACUAUCCUUUAGAGCCAUUUGUGCCCCGCUGUGAAGUUAAUGAUACGUUUUAUACGACGAUGGAUAAAGAAGCUACAAAACAAAGAAAUAUGAGGAUCAUGGAUGAAGUCAUAGAAAAUGAAUUCAAAGAAGAAUCUGUAAUUGGCUUGAGCGAAAUGAUGUCAGCUAUUCGGAACGCAUAUCAGUUUCAAAGCGAACAGUCUCUUCGUACUUUUGCCAGUUCUAUAACCGAAAAAGAUGUAUUGUGUCGAAUUGCAAGCAAAUAUACCACUAUCCCUGAAUAUGAUUUCAUUCCACUUUCAUUUUUCCGAAUUAACUGCCCUAACAUUUCAGAUGAAGACAUGAGGAAAAUCAAAGAAAAGGCAUCCAAAAACAAAAUGCUACAAGAAAAUAUAAAAUCCAUAAUGGACACGUGCACUAAGUGGAACUUUUGUCCUUGUAUUGCCAACAUAGCUGUUAUGAUUGGAGCAAACGAAGACGACACCAAAGCGGCCAUAAAACAGAUGUUACCAGAAAAGAAAACUUAUUGCGGAAGCACUGGGUGCAAAUGCAUAGAUCUGUGAUUCAUUGUCCAGAAAAAAACAUAUCGAACAUGGCUUGAUGAAUUUUUAUAAAUAUAUUUUUGUAGCCCUUCUUUGAGCGUAGUGUAUUUCUUUUUGUAUGUUUGUUUACACUUGACUUUUUUGUAAUCUAGUCAUUUUCUUAUCUUGUAUUUUCGUUCAUGUAUGUGUGUAUUUUGAAACUAACUUUUUCAGCCAGUGGUCGAAUACCUCCUCAUCACGGACUAAACCAAAAUCAAAUCAGUCCAAACUCAGGGUUUAUAAAGCUUACCUGAUUUACCGUAUUUUGCGAUAUUAUUUAGGUGAAUUGCAACAUAAUAAAUGUUUGGUCUUGAAAAUUGAAAUAAAAUGCAAUCAAUAUUCA